AUGGUGCAAAUUAUGGUGCAAACUAACUAUUUUCCUCCCAACUUUCUAUUUGAAGCACAACACUUAGAUAAUUGGGAUAUGGCUGAGCCCGUAGGAUUUGUUUCGGAAGGAUUUUGCCAACACUCCGCAGCGUGGGUCUUACAAUGGCUAGCAAUGGGUUCGUCGUUUACACCAAACCUUCAUGUCAUGCAAAUGAAUGAUGUUGUUAGAAUGAAGGUGGCGAUUGAUUUGCUGCUAGGUGACCACAAUGAAUAUAAAGAGAUCUUGAUGGACAAGGCUGAAAAAGCUUGGCACACUGAAUGA